GCCCGCCCGCCGGGCUCAGUGCGCUACUCUGGGUGCAGUGCAGGCUGCUGCUGCCCGGCAUCGCCCUGGACUGGAGUCUAGUGGAGUGGACCAGACUGGAGUAGAGUGCAAGUCAGCGCUGGCAGCGGACACACGCGGGAUCCCGGGCGGCACGGGGUGUAUGCCAGUGCCCACACUCCCCAGUCUACGACCAGGUCUGCCUUUUGCUGGCGACCAUGAUUGCCAAACAUCAACCACCCCUGAUGAAAAAGCACAGUCAGACUGACCUGGUGAGCCGGCUGAAGUCUCGGAAGGUCCUCGGCGUGGGCGGAGAAGAUGACGAUGGAGAGAUUCACAGGUCCAAGAUCAGUCAAGUCUUGGGUAAUGAAAUGAAAUUCACCAUGAAAGAGCCCUUGGGACUCAGGUUGUGGCAGUUGGUGUCGGCCGUCAUGUUCAGUGUCGUUGCCAUGAUGGCGCUCACCUUUCCUGACCAGCUCUACGAUUUAGUCUUUGACAAAGGAGGAUCGGAGAGUAAGAUAUCUGUGAGGCUGUAUGGAGGCGCACUGCUCAGUAUUUCCUUGAUAAUGUGGAACGUGCUGUACACGGCAGAGAAGAUGGUGAUCCGGUGGACACUGCUGUGUGAAGCCUGUUACUUCACAGUGCAGUUUAUAGUUACAAGCAUCACGCUGUUGGAAGUUGGAGUGCUACCAUGGGGAGCAUCGCUGCUGCUCUUCAGCCGGGGGCUCUUCAUCAUCAUCAGUGUCUAUUACUAUUAUCAACUGGGUCUCAAGGCCAAGAAGGUGUGAGGAAUGUGGGAGACAUUUGGUUCUGCUGGAGGAAGCUCGGAAACCUGCGGUCGGAGAGUUAGUUUGUAAUUCUUGCGUCAUGUUCUGUUUCUCACGUUUGGAUUUGUGCCUUCCUAGUACUAUUGUAUUUUUAAAAAUGUGUGUGCUCGUUCUGUGUGUGUGGGCACAUGUUUGUGUGCACAUGCGUGUGUGUGAACCCGUAUGUGUGUCCACACGUGUAUGUGUCAUUCUUUUGCUGCACAUUCAUUCUGAAUGCGUAUGUUAGUGAAUGUGUGCUUGUGUCUUUCGUCAUUGUAAAGCCUGUCUGUGUAUAUUUUUGCCUGUAUGUAUGUGUGGCUGCUUGUGUUUAUCUCUCUGACUUUCAUUUUCUAUGUCUACGUUUGUGUGUGGAUGUGUUUGUACACAUGUAAGUGUGCCUGUGCUUGUGUGUCUUUAGGUAUGUCAUGUAUGCCUGCAUUUUUACAUGCGUGUCUGUGUGACUGUGUUUGUAUGUGGGCCCUUUGUGCAUGAAUGUGUGUGAACCUGAGUUUAUAUGCAUGUGUUGUGUAUGUAUGAAUGUGUGCGCGCAUGUGUGUGUGCGUUUGUGCAUGUAUGUUUGUGCGUGUAUGUGUGUGGAUGUGUUUGUACACAUGUAGGUGUGCUUGUGUGUCUUUAGGUAUGUCAUGUAUGUCUGCAUUUUUGCAUGCAUGUCUGUGUGUCGGUGUUUGUAUCUGGCCCUUUUGUGCAUGAAUGUCUAUGAACCUAUGAGUCUGUAUGCAUGCUGUAUGGAUGUGUGUGUGCGCGCGUUUGUGUGUGUGUUUGUGCGUGUAUGUGUGUGCAUGGAUGUGUGUGUGCGUGUGUGUUCUGCCUCUCUGCAUGUGCAGCAACAGUUGAACAUUGUUGAAUUAUUUACCUCAAGAAUGAUCAAUAAAUGUGUGAUGUGA